AUGCUUGGGGUUUCCGUUGCCAUCUAUGCGCCGCCCCGCCGUCAGGCGCAGUAUGCCAUUCUCAUCAACGUCCAACCACAUCGCGGAUUGGCACUCUCCUACCAGCUCGAGCAUGUCUACAACAAAACAGCACGGAAAUCCGGCUACAUGUGGAAAGAGCCCGAAUUGAUCGCGGCGCGCAAACGACCUGCCUACAAAGGCGAACUGUCAGUCGGGUUCUUGCCUGACUUUGACCAGGCAAUCGAGUUUGCUGAAGAUAGAUUAUUGGGUCUCGAGUUUGAUGCACGAGAUGAUUGGUCUGGGUUAACGUGGGUCGCAGAGGGGCUUGAGACACUCGAAAAAGCGGGCUACGCCGUCGUUUCGCAUCCGGCUGAAAAGCUCGAACGACUCUUAGGGAAUGUUAGAGAGCGAAACGAGAAAUAG